AAGAAUAACAUCUUUUUGAGAAAUGGAAGCAGGAGGGAAGAUAUCCUGGCUGGAAGAUGAGCUCUCGUGCCCGAUUUGUCAGGAUAUCUUCAAGAACCCUGUCUCUCCCCCAUGCCAACACAAUUUCUGCUGGGCAUGUCUGAUGAGCUACUGGAAGAAGAAAAGGAACUCUGAGUGUCCUGUUUGCAGAGAAAUAUAUUCCACCAAAGAUUUAAAAUGGAAUCGCACCCUGGCCAACAUUGUGGAGUCUUUCCUGAAGGAGUUUACAAAAGAACAGGAGGUGGGUCAUGCAGACCCAGUCUGCAGCCUACACAAGGAGGUCCUGAAGCUGUUCUGUCAAGAAGACCAGGAGGUGAUGUGUGUUGUUUGCCUGCAUUCGAGCAAGCAUGAAAACCAUAAAUGUCGCCCUUUGGAGGAAGCAACUAAAGAAUCAAAGGAAGAGUUGAAGAUCCUGAUAAAGUCGCUAAAAUCCAGGGUGGUGAAAUUCAGUGCAAUCAGAAAUGAGUAUGAGCUCACCUUAAAGCAUGUCAAGAACCAGGCUUCAGGAACUGAGAAACAGAUCAAACAGGAAUUUCAGAAGCUUCACUCUUUCCUUCACAAUGAAGAGAAGAUUUUAAUGAACAAUCUCCGAAAGGAGGAAGAGCAUCAUGUUCAGUUAAUGACGCAAAAAAUCAAGGAGGUCUCUGAGGAUAUAUCCUCUUUAGGGGCCACCAUUCAGUCAAUCGAGAGUGAGCUCAGUCAAAAGGACUCAGCUGUUUUCUUACUGAAUCUUCCAGCAACAAGAGAAAGAGUGAACUACGCUCCCCAAUGCCCGGAGACAGUCUCUGCUAUGAUUAACGUCGGUUGCUAUGUUGGAUCUUUACAAUACAAAGUCUGGAAGAAGAUGCUGAACAUUAUCAAUGCAGCCUCUGUGACUCUGGAUCCAAACACAGCAGCCCCGUGGCUGUCUCUGUCUCAGGAUUUGACGAUGAUGGGAUACAGCCCCAUCAAACAACUGCUACCAGACAACCCAGAGCGGUUCGACUCCUGUGUUUCAGUGCUAGGACUGGAGGGGUUCAACUCAGGCCAGCAUCACUGGGAUGUGGAUGUGAGGGGACAGAGCAGUUGGUGUUUAGGUGUGGCCCGAGAAUCCAUCCAGAGGAAAGGAAUCAUCAAAGUGGAUCCGGAGAACGGUUUCUGGGCCAUUGGGCGGAUGGACGGCAAUGAAUACUAUGCAUGCACCUCGCCCUGGCGCACGGAACUCAGCAUUAGCCCCAACAUCAUCCGCGUUUAUCUCGAUUAUAAAGCUGGACACGUGUCUUUUUAUAACCUUGAAGACAUGGCCCUACUCUACACUUUCACAGAAACCUUUACAGAGAAGCUGUAUCCUUAUUUCUGUCCCUACCUUCUCCUUGAUACUAAUAAUGUUUCACUUAUGAAAAUCUACCCUCGAAAAGUGAUUUUACAGGAUUAAUGCCAUUAGACUGGACAUAGUGAAACAGUUCUUCCAACACUCUUUCUAAGGUGAAACUCAAUAUUAUCACACUUUGGUAAAGACAGAGCAUCAUCUAAUUUCCCGGUCAUUUUCCUUAAGCCUCUCAUCCUCAUUGAGAUGUGAAAAGUUGAUUACUUUGGUGUUAAGUGUUGGAUUUGAAGCUUACACCAGGUGCAAUUUAUAGCUGCCACACAGAUGUUUAUCAAAGUGAUCUAUAUCCUCUUUAGCAUCGAACCAAGUUUAAAUUUUGAUCUACUUGCCAUAUCUCUUGAAACAGGAACUGAUUGCACAACGGUUAGACAGUUGUCCUUUGAAUCUGAUGCUUGAGGCUUCUUCCAUCUUCAGUUCAGCUGUGAACUGCCCACCAGCACCACUUACUAAAGAGCCAUCACUCUAUAAAUUUGUGCAUGUCUGUGAUGGGGCAAUCCACUUUCUCAACGCACAGUGGAUGCUCCUUUGCUGCAAAGCUUUAAAGAUUAUUCUCUAGACUAACCUUCACAGAGCAGUAUGGAGGAACUUUAGUGUUUGUGAAAGCGCUAUUGUUCAGCAAAGUAUUUGAUUGAAGUCAUGACAACUUCCUCAAGUGGGAGUCAAAUAUUCUGCAUCAUUCUUUAGAGAGCAGGGGCAUUCCCAUUAUGCCCUGGACAAUCAGUUCUGAGGAAGGGUCACCGGACCCAAAACAUUAACUCUGUUUUCUUCUCCACAGUUGCUGCCAGGUGUGCUAAGCUUUUCCAGCAACUUUGUUUUUGUUUGUUGUUUAUGUCCUGGACUACAUUUGCUCCUGAUUAUCAUCAAAAAGCAGCAAAUUGUCUCAGUAGCGUUUCUUGGAUCUUCCUGUGAGCAAAUUGACUGCUUUUUGCAGUUUGACACUCUCACCCGAUUAUUAAAUUCUUUAUUCAUUCAUGGGAUGAGGGUGUCACUGACCAGGCAGCAUUUGUUGCCCAUCCCUAAUUGCCCAGAGGGCAGUCAGAGUCACCCACAUUGCUGUGGGUCUGGAGUCACAUGUAGGUCAGACCAGGUAAGGAUGGCAGGCUGCUUCCCUAAAGAGUAUUAGUGAACCAGAUGGGUUUUCCCACAAUUGAAAACAGUUUCACAGUCUUCAUUAGAUUCUUAAUUACAAGACUUCUUGCUUCCACCAUCUGCCAUGGCAGGAUUUGAACCUGGGUCUUCAGAACUUUAUCAGGGACACUGGAUUAGUAUUCAAACAAUAAUAUCACUGGGUCAUCGCCUUCCUGUAUUUCCAAAAUCCAUUACAUUUCAAAGCUACUUUGCUGGUUGUGACAUAUCUCGCAAUGUCUUGAGAUCGUGACAGGUGCUUUAUAAAUACUCUAGACCUCACAAGGAAUUAAGGGCUACUGGGAGAGUGCAGGGCAGUGGUGUUGAAAUGCCCAUCAGCCAUGAUUUAAAUGGCAGAGUGGACUCAAUGGGUCGAAUGGCCUUACUUCCACUCCUAUGUCUUAUGGUCUUAUAAAUAUAAAUUUUAAAAAAUAUAUUGAGGAAUUGCCUUUCAAACACAGAGUGCCACUUGAGGCUAAAGGACACUGUGUGUGUGUACGUGUGUGUGUGUGUGCACGUGCGUGUAUGUGUGUGUGCAUGUGUGUCUGUGUGUGUGUGCAUGUGCGUGUACGUGUGUGUGCGUGUGUGUGCACGUGCGCGUACGUGUGUGUGUGUGCGUGCGUGUGUCUGUGUGUGUGCGCGUGCAAGUGUGUGUGUGUGUGUCUGUGUGUGUUUGCGCGCGUGCAUGUGUGUGUGUGUGUGUGUGUGUGUGCAUGCACUCUGUCCCUCAACAGAAUCCCAUCAGAAUGCAGUGACAAAUGGAUCCCAUAAAGAAAUCUUCAGAAAUACCUUAACUGAUCAUGGACAGACAUCGUUAGGACCCAAGUUGCCUGUGCUGGCCUUGUAAAUGAUAGUAGUCCAUUUUGCUGCCCUCUGCUAAAGAGCCUUUGAGAUAUUUUCCUUUGUAAAUGUGCACUGUGUAAAUUUUGAAGGGAUUCUAAUUGCAGUGCUGAGUAUUCCCUAAUGCUGAAUGCAUUAUAUAUUCUUAACCCUUCCCUUUAGUCUGUUUGUAAUGGUCCAAAAUUUCAGAUUUUUAAUCCCAGAUUACCAAAUCUUGGGUCAGGAUAAAUAGUUUCUCUAAAUUUUUCUGAUCAGAACCUUUCAAAAUGUAAUCUGUUUCACACAUGGUAGGAACUGCAGAUGCUGGAGAACCUGAGAUA